AAUAAUGAAAAUCUGGAACAACGAACUCGACCUGAUUCUCAUAUAGAACAACAAUGCUUUUGUAUAUAUUUGAGGAAAAAAGAAUUUUUCACUCUUAAAAAAAUUAAUAACACAUUAGCUAAUUUAGAUGGAGAUGUUAAAUUAAGUGAGGAAAUGAAAUCAUUCAGUAUACUUGCAAAAGAAAGACGACAAAAAUUUAUUCAAAAUACUUUAUUACAGCAAAAUAGUACUAAUGUUUGGAAACCAAUUCCAGUAACAGAACAAGAGGCUGAUUCACAACGCGCAAAAUAUACUAACCUAAAAAAUAAAAUAAAGGAUAUGCUUUUAACGAUAUUGCAAGAAAUACGUGACUUAAAUAGUGCUGAAGAAAUUAUAGACGAAGAAACUACCAUUAAUGAGCUUACUGAUAAAAGCUUAACAAAGAACGAUUAA